GACCCAAAAAAGAAGCAGCAACAUCGCUCGUACCGGACAGACCAGCAGCUUCCCUUUCCUAAUCGAGGUGAGUCUUCAUUCCAUCGCAUGUUUCAUCCUCCACCGACAAACAUACAUCCAAAAAGUUCUUGGCUAAGCACCAGCGACACCAGCGAUUACACCUCACGUCGAUUGGCUAUCGAAGGGGCAUCAUAAUCUCUUGAAGUAGAAGGAGUCGACCAACGAAACGGAGGAGUCGAGCGAUUGACGCAAUAUCACCAUGGGGGCUCCAACGUUUGUAUCCAUGAGUUCAUCUAGGCCUCCGCAGCCCCAACCUCACCGCGGUGCAGAAGCAAUGGGGAACAAUCACACUAGGAAAACCAAUGUACCGAUGCAGCGUGAUGCGGACCUACGGAAUUUGGAGGCAACGUACACAUCAUUGAUUCAGGAAUAUCUGCAAGUGAUGUGUUUGGACAAUGCCACGUUUUUGGCAGAAAGGAUGGUAGCAAGCUGCAAGACAACGAAUGCUUAUUAUCUGCUAGGUGUUUGCCAUUAUCGCUCUGGAGCACCACAGCGUGCCCUAAGUGUUCUUUCAAACAACAUUCACAAGUCGUCAAGCGGGGGUGCAUGCACAAAAUAUCACCAGUCCGCCACUGCGUAUCUCAUAGCCAAGUGCUGUUUUGAGCUCCAACAGUACAGCAGAGCCGAAGAUGAACUCUUAGAAACAGCACGUGUCGACUACAAGGAAUACAAGAACAUAAAUCGAAACCAAGGAAGUAAUUACAACAACAAAGACAGGAAUGGCAUCCUAUCUAUGGACGAAUGGUUGAUGGAGACUUCACCUUGUCCUAUUCCAAAUGGAGCCGCGGGGCUUUACCUGCUUGGAAAUAUUUGCAGGAGUUCAAACCGAAGACGCAGAGCUAUGGAAUACUAUCGCAUGUCGCUUCAGGUGUGUAUUUUUGUCGAUUUUAGUUUUUUUCGCACACUGCGAUUCCGAUGUAUUUCGUUUUGACUGACAAAUUCUUUGUUUCUUGUCGAUUGUCCGCCUUUUAAUUCUGGUCGAUUUGUUUCGCUCCCGUCAAAUUUUUGUCAAAAACAUAGCUCGAUCCGCUCAUGUGGGUGAGUUACGAGGCCUUGUGUGAAAUGGGAGCAGUCGAUAUCGAUCCAACAUCGGUGUUCGGAGUUCGACCGGCCGAAAUCGAUCAGCUGCAGAUCCAACAAAACAAACAGAACCAAGCAAAUGCCACCCGAGAAGAGACAAUGCCGCUUCAGGAGAAACCACUUCACAUGACACCUCACCAUCACUUCACUCCGCCUACAACGAUGGGAGGAACAGGUAUAGGAAACACGCGUACUAUGGAUGUAGUGGGUACUCCAACAUCUAUCGGACCGAAGGCUUCGCUUUUUCAGACAGCUCAAAAAUCUACCAGAAAACCAGGAACAGAUACAGGUGGAGGUGCCAUUCUUCCCAAUCAACUUCAAUUUGAUACGCCGAAUCUCACACCGAUCCCAAUGCAGCAUGAUGCGUCAUUUGCACAUCCCAAUUCAGCUAUUUCGAUGCAUAAAACUAGGGACUCUUUCAUGGCCGGAGGUUUCGUUGACUCACGUAAUCCGCACACUAUUCGACGAGCAAAACACGUAGCCGCACGGUUGUACUACCAACCUACACCAGAAACCCCCCCAUAUAACGGAUCCAAUAGAGAAGACGAGAGUAGAUACCACGGGAAAACAACAGUAGGACCAGGUGCUCCUUCAGCAAAUUGUCGAUAUUUGCGAGGAAAGUCAGCAUUGUGGUCGAUAGAAUCAACUAUUUCUGAAACACCCUUGCGGAGGGGGGCGGGGCGGCCCUCGGAUGUGUCUACUGCCCGAAGACCUCGGGCUUUAUUCUUAUCUGAAAGUAGGUCUGGAAGACACAAUUUACGCAACAGCAUCGGCAAUGGGGCUGAUUUAGACCAAGGCGACCAAUUGCACGCCGAAGACGAAGAGAACUUUCGUCGUCGUAACAUGAGCGGUCGGCCUCCAUUGUGUGAACAAGAGGAGGAAGAAAACGUCAUCAUGGAUAAUCAAAACCGAGGGGACGACUCCGAACAGAACAGCAUGAUGAUGAUGACAGAAGAGAGCGGAGGCCAAUCGUCUUCGUUUCCGUCAGAAAAUGAAAAGCCUACGACAGCAAUGGCCGCCGUUCACAUAGAAGAAGAUGAGAUGAUGGAAAAGCACGACGGCUCAAUCCAAAAUAUUCUUGAACUUUUUUGCUUGAUGGGUGCUGGUUAUUGGAGACUGUGUCAGGUAAGUACUAUAUCGCAACAUUUGAACAACUUGUAGUCAUGAUGGAUCCACGGUCACCUAACAUAUAUUUUACUUGAAAUGUCUAAACUGUACCUAGUUCCGAUGCCAAGAAGCAUUGCAGCUCUUUGGAGUUUUACCACAUGUACAUCACAAUACGGGUUGGGUUCUUCAUCAAGAAGGUCGUGCAUUCUUCGAAAUGGCGGAGUACCAGAACGCUCAGCGCUGUCUUGAAACGAUGCAGGGGGUCGAACCACAUCGCAUGAAGGGUCUCGAUCUUCUCUCUACUGUCCUUUGGCAAUUGAAGAAGGAAGUGGAGCUUGCUCAUUUGGCUCAGCAAGCUGUAGAUUUUGAUCGAUUGUCACCAGAAGCCUGGUGUGUGGUUGGAAACUGCUUUUCUUUGCAGAAGGAGCAUGAAACGGCCCUGGUCUUCUUUGGAAGAUCGUUACAAUUGGAUCCUUCGUUUACAUACACGCAUACUCUUUCGGGAUACGAGUACAUGGCGAAUGAAGAUUUUGAGAAGGCCAUGGCAUGUUUUCGAAACGGGAUUCGAUUGGAUGAACGCCAUUACAAUGCUUGGUAUGGGAUGGGAGCUAUAUAUCAUAGGCAAGAAAAGUAUGACCUCGCUGAAUAUCACUUUCAACGUGCUGUGAAGAUUAAUCCACAAAGCUCGGUAUUGCGUUGUAAUUUAGGUAUGUCUCAAUACUCUAAUGGCAAGCCACAUGAAGCUUUGGACACGUUGGCAGAGGCCUUCCGGUUGGAUCCUCACAACCCACAAGCUCGAUUCCAGCGGGCCACAAUUUAUGUUGCACAGAAUCGUCCUGAGGAGGCACUGAAGGAAUUAGAAAAGGUCAGGGAUGCUGCGCCAAGGGAGGCAACGGUACACUUUGCCAUGGGGAAGGUUCUUAAGCGUCUCGGAAGACCCGAACAAGCUAUGAGAUGCUUUUUAACUGCAUUGGAUCUAGAUCCCAAGGAUAACCAGCUGAUCAAAUCGGCUAUGGAUAAGUUGGAAGAGCCUGAUGUUGUAGAUGAGGAGGUAGCGGCUUUUUGAUUCAACUGAAACGAAGUUCAAAAUGAAAAAUCGAAACUUAAUAAUCUAACCUAUGGUUU